UGUGGUAUGCAGUUUUGUUUUUAUCUGUUAAUUCAUUGGCGAAAACUAAUUUAAGGUCCGAGACUAUGCGACUAGCUGAGCUACAAAUCUAGCACAAAAGGAUCUGUUAUUAUUUCGAACUAGAAAUGAAUAUAAGCACACAUAAGACAAAUGAAUUGGAAACGAGAGCAGGGUCAGAAAUCGAAAGAAACAGCUCUAAUUCAAAUUGCAGGGCACCUGAUUAUUUCACUCGCAUACUCGGUAAAUCAAUGCUAAAUAUUCGGCAAAGCUUAUAAAUCUAUGGCUGCCCACAAUAAACAACCUCAGCCUAAAAUGGCCCAAUUUAUAAUGCGGACGAAGCUGGCGAAAGGAACUGAAUAUAGCAAGAAGUAUCAAGGAGGAACACUUCCGCUCUGAACCAAAAAACAAAACCUAUGCAAUCUUAAAAUGAACUCCGUCAUCUCACCAUUUAAAAUCAAGAGGAGCAACACGCCCUGCUCAACAACAGUCUCGGCUGGGUCUAAUGUUCCAACACCAGACUGUAUGCAAAACGGCGACCUAGCUAUCCUUGGCGCUACCAAAUCGAACCCACGGGCUCCAAGCGAUGUGUGUCAAUGCCGUCUGCCAAUACCCGAGACUGUCAUUGAGCCGAGGCUCCAUGUUGUCGUAGUUGCCGAGGACAUUGGCAAUGUUUAUCAUCCGGCCGUGGAUUCAGCUGCCGCAAGCACUGAUACUGUUGAUUACUGUGCGCCCGCUUUAGUGCGAUUGUCCUGUGUGAAAGGGCACUCUAAUGAUAAUAUGAACGGCAAGGCGAACCACACCAUCAUAAGCCCUAAUCCGCUGUCAGUCAGCCCAGUUCCGUUGCCAGAUGACGAUGAUGAUUCGGAUAACUCGACGGUUGCCUGCAUCAGUACCAGCAGCUCGAGCGAAUACAGCAACAGCACCGUAGUGCAAAGUCCCACGACGGCAGUCGCAAAACUCCAGACCUGCUCCCUUUGGAGCAGCAAUCCUGGCGAAAUCUCUGACGAACACCGUGUUGAGUGCACCUCAACUGAAGACGGUAGCUUCCAGAUGCGGCUGGCACACACUGCUAUGUCAAAAGGCCAUGGAGAUUAUAUGACUCAUUUCUCAAAUACCCCGCCCGUUUCACUACCUCUCUGCAUACAAAGCCGUAGCGUGAGCAGCAACUGUAUCACCCACUCCACGAAUUCAAGACUAUCCAAUAGCUCAGCGGCAAGCACGCCGAAGCACGUACGCUCAACCGGGCCGCGCCUAACCCGUGGACUUAAUCAAUCUAUGCCCUCCGUGCACGGGCGUCCGAACCUGAGCGUGGUUCCAACAACAGUUGAAUUUGCCGGGACCCAAGCGAGCGGCAUAACAGCAAAAAGCAUUUUAAAGCACGAAAGGAACUUAAGCCUAGAUUACAGAUCGAUGGGCAUAUUGCUGGCGCCUGUUGCUCAGGUGAGCAGCACACGCAUCAACCACACGCAACAUCAUCGCAACCGAAGCCUCGACAGCGCUCUGCAGCGCAUACCCGAGGUGGAGAUGGCCUCGCCCAAUGCAGAAGGUGAGGCAAUAUUUUGCUCACAACCAUCAAAACUCAACGCCAAUAUGUGCUCGAAGAUUGACACAACCUCAGCCAAUAUUACGACCGCACUUGCCACCUACCCACCAAAUCCAGCCCUCACUGGUGCUCCCAAUGCAGAGCUUGUCGCCUCUGACUGUUCAGGAACGGAUCCGCCGCAAAACGAGCAUAUACCCAGCUUACUUUAAUACUGAUCUUUCCCUGCUGCAGAUGAUGCCUGUCCAGCGGUGCAAAAUCAAAGCAAACCGAACGAGUUGGCCAAGGACAGACAGGACAUGAUCGAUGACAUAAGUGGCUGUAACAGCAGCAGCAACAGUUGCAGCAGUGCAGGCAGCAGCAAAAAGCGCGAGGAUCUGACUAGCCUGGGAUCCGACGAUUCAGGCAUUCUAUGUGGCUCGGAGUCGGAGCAAAUAUCCCUUAGUCGCAUAGGCCACUCUCAUGAGGCGCUCAAUUUGGGCGCAAUGGAUGCCAAUGCGGAAGCGGGAGCCAAGAAAUGCAUCGACUUUGUGGAAGCGAAGUUUACCGAAGUGGCCUACAAUCCAAUAGAAUCGGAUGCUUGCACCUUUUCGUCAGCAGAGGGGCAAGAUCAGAAACCGCGCGAUGGGGAUGAUCGACUGCGUUAUCGCGUAAUGAACAUGUCCCAGGCGGCCAUUAACUUGGAGCUCGGAACAGCACCCAAUGAGAUAGAACCGGUGCUAGACGAGCAUGAGGAGGACCACGUGCCAUCGUCCAAAUCACAAGCGUCGUCUAACAAUAUUACGGCAACAGCAGCAACUACGCCCGCAAAGACCCCAGAUGCAACACCCACACCAAUAGCCACUCCCACUGAGAACAGUAAAAGCGACCAAGUGCUCUUUAAGAACUUUUUCGGUGCCACCAAGAAUGCAAUUUUCCGCACGGCCCAGAGCAUAAUUGAGAACCACGAGAAGAAGAAUGCAGUCAAGCAAAAGACUGGCGAGCCGCAGGACGCUUUAUCUGCGAUAUCCACCACGCCCAACAGCGGAGUGUCAAUCUCCCUGGAUGCGGCCAAGUCCCCUACAGACGUUUCUAAAAGGAAAGAGUUCUUCAGCCUACUCAGCUCCAAUUCCAGCAGGAAAGCAGCUGGUACAACCGAUGCUCCUGCAACUGAAACGGCAACAGACGCCAUUAGAACUGCCCCCACGUUGGAUAAUUCAACAAGUAUGCAGAUUAAGAAGCGCACACUGAAGUUGCGGUUGCCGGUUGCAAAAACUGAAACCGAACACGCUGCAGCGCUGGCGAUGAGCUCCUCCAUGAGCUCAGUGAAUCAACUGAAGAUGCCCGUGCCAGGCGUAGUGAAAUAUUACAUUAAUGACCAUGCGCCCACUUCUGGUGCCCAGCAAAGCAGCGAACGGGGUCCCAGCGGCCUGUUGCGGUUUUUUGAAUCGCCCGUUUUCAAUAUUCACUUCGCUGUGCAUUAUUUGUUCUACUCAAAGGAGCCAGGCGUGCUGAGCUUUAUUGGCAACAAGAUCUUUAGCUUUUCCGACCAGGAAGUCGACCUUUAUAUACCGCAGCUAAUCGUAAUGUAUAUUGAAAUGGACGAACUUGCUGAAGUGCUGGAUCCCUACCUCACCAUACGUUGCCGAAAGUCGGUCGACUUCUCCCUCAAGUGUCUGUGGCUUUUGGAGGCGUAUAAUCACCAGGUGGACUCGCUGGGCAGCAGCAGUAAAAGCCGCAAGUCCAAGCUGUCGCUCAUGAAGGAGAUAUUCUCCAAGAAAGAAGGCAAGCAUCAACUCAAAUCUAGCCAAAGUCCUGCUGUUGCUCUCGUAAAAAAAACACACCAUCGCUCCCAAUCCGAUGCCACAGUGUUGCUCGCAGAUUCCGGCAACAAAACGCAUCGGCUGUACCAGGAGCCGCCAUACACUACACAAACGCUGCCCGCAGCACCUGCGAAGCUGUGCUUAGGCGAUCUGAGCUCAGGACGUGCCUUCGACAAUGGCUGCACUUGUUUUGAAACGGUACGGGGUCAGGUUAAUGGUCUCCUGGGGCACCACACGUUCUGCAAUUGCGGUGCGCCAAAGACUUCCCCGCAAAAGGAGUUCAUGAAGGCGCUAAUGAAUGCGGGCAAGAAUCUGACUUCGCUUCCCUCUAAGGCGGAGAAGACUUCAGCACUGCGGAUGUGUCUUAACCUGAUCAACAAAAAUUUGCCCGCUCGUGUCUGGCUGCCGCUUUACUCGGAUGUGCCGCAUCAUGUGAUACGCAUCACAGAGGAAAAGACUGCUGUACUAAAUUCCAAAGACAAAACUCCGUACAUUAUUUAUGUGGAGGUAGUGGAAGUGCCUGACAUUCACACCUCGCCGCUUAUACCGAAGAUGAUGCCGUCGCUACGGCACACCAAGAGCGAGGAACAUUUGGAGGGCGUCUGCAUAAAUCAAAGCUGCAGCCGCAUCUCUAGCUGUAGUGAAAGCCAUCAUGGGUCCAGCUGUCGCCGAAAAAAGGGCACUGAAUCGCAUGCAGAGUGCAGAUGCAACGAUCCGGCCGUACACAGCUGCUGCUGCAGUGGGAAUCAGAGCAAUCUGCUGUCAUUGGGCGGGUUGCAGCUGCUUGCCGAUGAUGUCUGGUCACAGGAAGAUGAUGAAAUCACCGCGCAAUACUUAAACAUGCGCAAAAUCAGCGAGCGGGACGCCAUCUCGCAGAUGUCAUUAGACUCAUGCGACUCUAGAGAUCAGGGUCCACCAAUUGUCUUUAACAUUGGCGACGUUCGGACUCGGCACUGCAACAAUUUGAGCUGCGAGAACACAAAGUCCUUUAGCAACGAUCCUGAGGAUCCAUCUGCGGCGGUUCUAAAGGAACCCUGGCAUAUGAAGGAGAAACUCAUACGCGAGUCCUCCCCCUAUGGACAUUUAUCGAACUGGCGACUGUUCUCGGCGAUUGUCAAGUGUGGUGAUGAUUUGCGACAAGAGCUGAUGGCCACGCAGCUUCUGCAGAUGUUCAAGAUUAUUUGGCAGGAAGAAAAUGUGGAUCUGUGGGUGCGGCCGUAUAAAAUAAUUUGCCUGUCGAACGACAGCGGUCUGAUUGAGCCUAUACUAAACACUGUCUCGUUGCAUCAAAUUAAAAAGAAUUCGAACAAAUCCUUGCGAGAUUAUUUUAUUGAUGAAUAUGGUAUACCCACAGGCGAAAGCUUCAGACAAGCCCAAAAGAAUUUCGUUGCAAGCUGUGCGGCUUAUUGUCUGAUAUCCUAUCUUCUGCAGGUUAAGGACAGGCAUAAUGGUAACAUACUCUUUCAUUCGGAUGGUCAUAUAAUACAUAUAGACUUCGGCUUCAUUCUUAGCAUAUCUCCUAAAAAUUUGGGUUUCGAGCAGUCACCUUUUAAGCUCACGCACGAAUUUGUCGAUGUUAUGGGAGGCACAGGCUCCGUACAUUGGCGGGAGUUCAAUCGCCUGCUGCUUGUCGGCAUGAUGUCUGUGCGCAAGCACAUGGACCGCAUCAUAAACUUUGUUGAAAUUAUGCGAAGCAAUGCGCAUUUGCCAUGCUUUAGGAAUGGUUGUUCCGGCACAGUACAGAAUCUCCGAAAACGCUUUCAUAUGAAUUUAACUGAGCAGGAAAUGGAACGCAAGGUUGAACAGCUUGUGCAGGACUCACUAAAAAGCCUCUCAACAAAACUGUACGAUGGCUAUCAAUAUUAUACGAAUGGUAUAUUGUGAGACGGUUUUUCCUUUGUGAAUAUCUAACAGGAAUUAUGAAUUAUCUCGCGUGCUAAAAUGCCAAUAUGAUAAACCAAAACUAUGGACUGUUUAAAAAAUAGUUUAUAUAUUUAAAUACACAUUUUAAUGCAUAUAUAUUUAUAUACACAAAUAUAUAAAUAUACGUGUAUUUAAAAUGUAGCGCUAACAAAAAGAAAAUGAGCAAUCGUAAGAAUGCAAGAGAAUUAAGAUUGUACUAAGUGGGCAACUGUUUUUGAAGCCAGAACCGUUGAUUAUGCGUAUUGGCACUGUUAUUCUAUUAUUAUAUUAUAUUAUAUUAUAUAUUACAUUAGGCUAAAGUUAAUGUUGUCUAGCUUUUAAGUAAAAGUGUAAAUGUGUGUGACUGUAUCUGUUUUCCUGUCUUCUGUCGGUCUUGCAUUGUAAUUAGCAAUCUAAAUAAUCAGUGCGUUGUAUAUAUUUAAGAGCUUACAUUUGCAGCUGUCAAAUUUACUGAAGCGCCACGCAUAUAUUUAAGAAACUAAUACUUGUGAAAGCUAUUUUUUAAUAAUUCCAUUAGCUUUUUACAAUAUAUAAAUUUGAUAAAUUCACUGUCCGUCAGUAUAAAUUAUUAAUAUUGAAACUUAAAAUUUACCGUGUUUCAAUCAUAAGCUUAACUAACUUAGUACGUUCCAAGUGUGCUUUCACGUUAACUAAAAUUAACAAUAUCAUUGAUCAAGUGUCCCGCAAAUAUAAAAAGUAUAUCAGUAAUAUAACAUUAAAAACUCUGUCUGCUUUUCGCCUUUAUAUAAUCUAAACAUUUUUCUAACUUUAAAUAUAAAUAAAAGCAACGUUAAAUUAGAGUUAGGCACAUAAAGCUUCAAGUUCAAAAUUUUGUAUGCUGAAACAAUAUUAUAUAAAAUUUGUGUGAGACUCAUAAAUUAUGUAUUUGAUAAUUAUAGCUACCUAACGAGAGUACCAAAAAAUACAAAAACUUACAAAAAUAUUCGAUCAUUAACAAAAACACAAUCAGAACUCAAGAGGUUAUUUUUGAUAAUUCAUGUUAUUUAGUUCUUUCAGAAACCAUUAUUCAUUAUGUUUAGAUUGAUGCUCACUUUAAAAUUUGAGACUAGUUUCCACAGAUUGAAUCAUCUGAACUGUUUGUACAGUAUACACGAAAUUAAAAUUGUAUUUUCAUGGAGUCGGAGAUGUCUGCUAGGUGUAUUUAUACAACCAUCCUAAGAAACUAUCUCUCAAACUGUGACAUUUUUGGAUGGGAAUGGAAGUGUAAUAUAAGACAAGUCUUUCUGAUUUUGAAAUAAGUCACUAGUACUUUUAGGCUGUGAUUACGUAAUAUGGAUUUUUGAACAUGGGAAUGGGAGUUUCUAACCUCUGAUUAAUAUAAAAAUCCUGGCACAUUCUCAGCGGGAAUCAUCAGUAAGUUUGA